AUGUCGCCCAUCACACCAUACAAGAUCAACAUCCCCGACGAAAAGAUCCAGCGCCUCAAACAACAACUCGCCCUCGCCGACUUCCCGGACGAGCUGCCCGACGUCGAGCCCUGGAGCAGAGGCACACCCCUGGCCGACCUGAAGCGCCUCGCCGCGUACUGGCAGGACGGCUUCGACUGGCGGAAACAAGAGGCAAAGCUGAACGAGUUGCCUCAGUUCAUGACCCAGAUCGACGUCGACGGGUUCGGCACCUACGACAUCCACUUCGUCCACCAACAGAGUCCCGUCAAGAAUGCCAUCCCUCUGCUUUUCUGCCACGGGUGGCCAGGGAGUUUUGCAGAAGUCACAAAGAUCCUCCCCCUGCUGAUCAACGGGGGAGAUGAUGCGCCGUCGUUCCACGUCGUCGUCCCCAGUAUGGUCGACUAUGGGUUUUCUUCUGCGGCGAAAAAGGCAAACUUCCAAUUCGAGCAGCAUGCCGAGGUGGCCCAUAAACUCAUGUUGAAGCUGGGAUACAAGGAAUACGUGUCGCAAGGAGGAGAUCUGGGCUACUUUGUCACUCGCUUCCUGGCCAUGCUGUACCCAGAGUCAUGCAAGGCGCAGCACGUCAACAUGUGCCACCCGCCCGAGAUCACGGCCACCUCCCACCCGGCACUCUGGGCCCAGUUCCAGGCGACUCCUCUGACCGAGUACGAAAAGGCCGGGCUCGCCCGCUCCCGCUGGUUCCGCGAGGAAGGCUUCGGCUACAAUCUCCUGCACAGCACCAAGCCCCAGACGGCGGGCUACGCCAUCACGGCGAGCCCCGUGUCUCUCCUGGCGUGGAUCUACGAGAAGCUCCACGACUGGACCGACGGGUACGCCUGGACCGACGACGAGGCCCUCACCUGGAUCAGCAUCUACUACUUCUCGACCGCGGGUCCCGCGGCCUCGCAGCGCAUCUACUACGAAAAGACGCACCGGACGCCCAAGGCAGGGUUUCCCUCGAAAGAAGCCGUCGUCGAGGUCCAGCGCUACAUCGACGUGCCUCUGGGCUACUCCCGCUUCCCCAAGGAGAUCAUCCUGCUCCCGAAGGUCUGGGUCAAGGCCAUGGGACCGGUGGUGUUUUUGGAGGAGCACGAAACCGGUGGACACUUUGCCGCGUGGGAGUUGCCAGAGGUGUUGGUCGGGGAUUUGCGCACCAUGUUUGGCAAGUCGAGUGCCGCGUAUGGGGUGGUGCCGGGGAAGUCGGGCUUUGACGUGUAG